AUGGAAGCUUAUUUCCAAUACAAAAGAAUUCGACAGUCAGUUCGCGAGCACUUAUCGGAGCUGGAGAAUAACUGUAGCUGCGAGGGCUACAUUAUUGGAAAUUCCCAUACUGAAAAAUGUGGAAUGAGUCGUCAUAACGGCAGCUCGGAACGGGGUCAUCAUGCCAAAGAAAACAUUUCUGGUGAUUCAAUCCCCGUGGGCUGGGACGGUCCAAAUGAUCCCUUGAACCCUGCAAAUCAAAGUACCGGGCGAAGACUAUUCAUGACCCUCCUAGUCUCGCUCAUAGCAGUCGCAGUCACUGCGGCAUCGGCAAUCGACGCGUGCGGCCUCAAGGAGUAUAGCGAGUAUUUCGAGGUAUCCGAGGUGGUUGGGUCUCUAGCGACAGGCUUGUUUUUGAUCGGAUUUGCAUGCGGUUCCUUAUUAUCAGGCCCGUUCUCUGAGACUUUUGGUCGCAACGUGAUAUACUCGGCGACCAUGCUGGUAUAUUUGAUAUUUAUAAUGGCAUCAGGUCUCGCGCCAAACCUGCACAGUCACCUAAUUUUUCGAUUUUUCGCUGGCUUUUUCGCUUCAACGCCAUUGACGUGUGCCGGCGGCACGGUCGCAGACUUGUGGGAUUCACUAGAGAAGACGUACGCUUUCCCCGUAUAUGCGGUGCCCGCAUUCACAGGACCUAUGAUCGGCCAGAUGAUCGGAAGCUAUAUCCCAGUCACGCUAGGCUGGCGUUGGUUGGAGUGGAUAAUGCUUAUCAUGGGUGGCGCAAUAUUGGUUGCGGUACUCUUGUUCCAGCCCGAGACCUAUGGCAAUCUGAUUUUGUAUUGGAAAGCGUCCAUACUUCGACAGGAAACAGGAGAUGAAAGAUACAGGGCUCCAAUGGAGAUGAAGCGAGAGACACUGGCUCAGCGUUUGAAGGUCUCUGUGUACCGACCCUUUGCCAUGUUUUACUCUGAGCUGAUCAUCAUUUUACUGUCGCUCUAUCUAACUAUUAUGUAUAUUGUCCUCUUCACCUUCUUGGAAGGUUAUGCGUUCAUCUUUGGCGAAAAAUACGGUAUAUCGGAGGGCUUGACUAAUCUCUGCUGGGCUGGCAUGCUACUUGGUGUUCUUCUUGUUUCCUUCGUGGUGCCAGUGGUAUAUAGCUUGACUGCAAAGAAUUGCAAACGGGGAAAAGACACUGCGAUUGCCCCUGAAAUGAGACUUUGGUAUGCCAUGCUUGGAGGUGCGCCUGCAGUGCCAAUCAGUUUGUUUUGGAUGGGAUGGACUAGCAAUCCUUCUAUCUCAAUUUGGUCUCCCCUCCUCGCCUCUGUUCUCUUCGGCUUUGGCAUUACGUCUAUUUUUAUAAUAUGCUACAUGUAUCUCAUCGAUUCCUAUGGUACAUAUUCAGCUUCAGCUCUGGGCUUUCUGGUUUUCACACGAUACCUGGUCGCGGGGGGUAUCACUAUUGCUGGAGACCCAAUUUAUCGGUCUACCAGCGUGUCUUACAUACUCACAAUACUUGGGUCUAUCAGUGCCGCCAUGACUGCUGUACCCUAUUUGCUAUACAUUUAUGGACCACGAAUUCGAAAGAACAGCAAGUACGCGGUGAACAUAGACACAGAAUACUAG